CUAUUGAUGAAGUUCGCGGUGAUCGUUUAGGGACUCUAUCGUGGUUCUUCCAUUGAAAAUCGUUAUCGUUUCCAUAGUCGAAUCCAAACCGUGCUGGUAUGCAGACGUGAAAUUAGCUUCCUCUCUUACGAAUACGUUGUACCUACAUUAUUUUUUGUUGUUGUUUUUAAUCUUAAAAUUUCAAUUCAAUUCAAUUUCCAAAACUAGAAGAUCCUUUUUUUUUCUUAAGGACUUUUUGUGUGUGUAUCUUUGAGAUACUUAUUUUACUUAACAAGCUAUUCGGGUUUUCCUAAUUUUAAUGAGCUAAUUUGGAUAAUUUUCCGCAAUCGUUUUUGGGAAACACCAAACAUCUGGUCAGAUUGUCCUUUUUUGUCCUUUUUUUUUUUGAGUCAGUCACAUUGCCGUUAAAUGCCCUGUGUAUUAUAUUUUGAAAGUGAUUUUUGUGGAUUUGUGUUGCAAUACACAUUUGAAUGUUAAACGUGUGUAACUAAAGGGGAUUUUCCCCGAAAAAUAAAAUACAAAAUAAAUUAAACAUAUUUCACUAUCUCGAAUAAAAUUGUAUUAGAAUAACGAAGAUAGAAAAAGAAGUUUUGAAUUUUUGAGUGUGUGCAAAAGAUUCUCGUUUUUUAAAUGUGAUAGAAAUUUCUCUCACAAUUUGAAUACCUAUACAAAAAGUUAUAGUGAAACCCUUAAAUAAAACGUUAAAUAGAAAGUUCAAACCCCUUUUAAAAUGGACACUUUAAUGAUAAUUUGGAACAUAGCCUCGCUGCAUUGUGCAGCGCGGCCUGAAAUCUCACCGUGCACUUGUGAGCCAAUGCUUAUUCAAAAUCGCAUCGAACUAUCAUGCGAGAAAGUCGAUUCUUUCAAUCAAAUUGUCGAUGCAUUAGCGGCGGGCAAGUUCUCGUCGAAUUUAACAAUAAGUUUGCAAAUAUCUUAUUCGCAACUCGAUGAUUUGGAGAUGCGAUCUUUUUCUGAAAUGAAGCUUAAUAUGAUUAAACUUCGAAUGAUAUCCGAUAAUUUAAGGACUAUUCCAGAGAUGCCUUUCCGUGGACUAUCAAACUUGGAAUACCUUGGUUUAGCUGAAAACGAUUUAGACGAAAUACCGAGACAUGUACUGCAUCAUUUACCGAAAACAUCGACGUUAGACUUGGGGAAGAACAAAAUAAAAGCAGUUCUACAAGAUGACUUUAAAGGGAAUCCCAAGAUAACCUUUUUAAUAUUGGUUAGUAACAAUAUAGCAAGAUUAGAUAAAGGAGCAUUUCCCACAGAAGUCAAAUCCUUACAUUUGGGUCGAAAUCAAAUUACAACUCUAAAUGGAACUUUAUUAGACCUCCAUGACUUGGAGUCACUUUUCAUAAACAUGAAUAACAUCCAAUCUCUAGAAAACGAAUUACCAGCCUUACAGAAUCUCAAAUUCAUUCUUGCCCAAAACAACAGUCUUGAAAAACUUCCCCAAAGUAUGAGAGACAUGCCUAAUCUCGACUCGCUCUUCUUUCAAAACAAUCGACUCAAAUCUUUAGAUGGUGUUCUACGAAAUGCCAAAAAACUUAAAGAAUUCAAAGCUCACAACAAUCAAAUUGAGUAUUUGGCUCAAGAUGAAUUCCUUGAGGUUGAAUAUUUGGAAAUUAUUGACAUGGCCUACAAUAAUAUCAAGUCACUCAAUAAUUCCCUCUUGCCAAUGAAACGACUGAUCAAGUCUAAUUUUUCAUUCAACGAAAUGGAAGUGUUUUCGAUGAAUGAAAUUCGAGGCUUGGAAUAUUUAAGAGAGCUGGACAUUUCGUAUAACAAAAUUCAAAAACUCACUGGACGGCAAGAGAAUCGAAUCGAUCAGCAAUCGUUUUUAGUUGAAUUGUAUUUGGAUCACAAUCGAUUGAUAUCCUUAGAUGGCGCCCUAAUGGGGCUCAACAAAUUGAGGAAGUUAAUGCUGACUCACAAUCAAAUCGAACGCAUAGACCCGGAUGAUUUUAUCGGUUUGGAGAGUUUGGAUACUUUGGAUUUGUCACAUAAUCAGCUGUUAACAUUGGAAGAAACUUCAACGACGGUUCUUCCAUCAUUGAAAACAAUACGAGUAGCCUACAAUAAUCUUACAAAAUUGGAAAAAGAUUUCCAUGGCUUGCCAGUAUUGUGUCAUGCCAAUUUGAUGCACAAUCAAAUUACCUCUGUCUCAGCUGAUCUUGUUUCGAAAACUAAGUGUUCCAAUCACGGCGUUCCGGGAAAACUUGAAAUUUGGCUUGAACAUAAUCCAAUUAUGUGUGAAUUUGAACGUGUAAACGAGCUUUGUCCAAUAAUGUCCUCACAAGAAGCAAGCAUUCGUGGCAAGUCACAAUGCUACGAAAAUGAUCGUGAAGUUUGUAGCGAAACACCAUUACUUCUCCAAGCAACAUAUUCCGAUAAUCUUCCCUUGAUUAUAAAAUCUGGACAGAUACUCCAGUUCGUUGCUGUCCCAUUAAAUCCCGUUCCAUAUCAACCAAAGCCUAUGAAAAAGGUAGAUUUGUUGCCAGCGAUCAUUUCACCGAGUAGUUCACAGUACAUCAAAGCUCUACCGGCAGCAGCUCCUCCUUUGACAAGUCUUCUGUCAACAACGCCAACAACAACUUCCACCACAACUCCACCAACGACAACUACAACCACAACUACAACAACCACGACGACAACACCAGCGCCAUCUAUUGAAAUAGAAUCGAUCACACAAAAAGAUUCACCAUCUGUGCCGAUAGAUUUACAACAUGCAGAUGAAAUAAUCCAAGCUGUCAUACCAUUGCAAAAUCCGACAGAUUUCCAAACAGAUUAUCCAACAAUUGAGUAUGUUCCAUUGCCAGAAGAAGAUUCGGGUCAAUCGAAUUUCUCCGAUGGCGAGGAUAAUUCAGUUCAAGAAGUUUAUUCGCCAGUUGUUAUUCCCAGUCCUAGCUUAGAGAAUUCACAGAGGCGCCUAAUGCAAGAAGAACCGCCGGAAACACCGUAGGCCUAAGACGAUGGGGGCGCCCAUGUUGGUAUAUAAAAGUUUAGUUUUGUUGAGAUGAGGUCGAGAUAGAAGAGACAGACAGACGACGAUGAUGUUGAUGAGGAGGA